UUGCCUCCAUUCCCGCAGGACCGAGUCUCUGUCCCCAGUCAUCCUGUCACUGGCUUCAGGCUCUUUUCACUUCCUCACUCUUCCCUUCAACUCGAACCUUUGUUUGUAGCUGUUGUCAGGCGGCCCUGACUUGUGUUAAAAAUACCUGCCUCGACCCUCAGGACUUUGUCCUCGCCGCUGCUCCCCAUUCCCCGCCCGGAUCUAGUCCGAGUUGUUUUCAGCGGGCUCACACCCGGAUCUCGGAGCUGCUCGGCCGCCCCUGGGCGGAACUACGAAAGCGAAGAUAUUUUGCGUCUGCCCUCUCCUCUAGAAAUGGCAAAUGUGCUCUGUAACAGAGCCAGAUUGGUUUCCUAUCUCCCAGGAUUUUAUUCUUUAGUUAAAAGGGUUGUCAAUCCCAAAGCCUUUUCAACUGCCGGAUCUUCAGGUUCUGAUGAAUCUCAUGUGGCCACUGCACCUCCUGAUAUAUGCUCUCGAACAAUAUGGCCUGAUGAAGUUAUGGGACCAUUUGGGCCUCAGGAUCAGAGAUUCCAGCUUCCUGGGAACAUAGGUUUUGAUUGUCACCUCAAUGGGACCAUGUCACAGAAGAAAAGCCAGGUUCAUAAAACUUUACCUGACAUUCUCGCAGAACCUUUAUCAAGUGAAAGACACGAGUUUGUGAUGGCACAAUAUGUGAAUGAAUUUCAGGGUAAUGAUGCACCUGUUGAACAAGAAGUUAACAGUGCAGAAAUGUACUUUGAAAGUGCCAAAGUAGAGUGUGUAAUCCAAACAUGUCCAGAAUUGCUGCGAAGAGAUUUUCAGUCGCUGUUUCCAGAAGUGACCACCAACAAACUAAUGAUUCUGACUGUAACACAGAAAACUAAGAAUGAUAUGACUAUUUGGAGUGAGGAGGUAGAAAAUGAAAGAGAAGUACUCUUAGAAAAGUUCAUCAGUGGUGCUAAGGAAAUAUGCUACGCUCUGCGAGCCGAAGGCUAUUGGGCUGACUUUAUUGACCCAUUAUCUGGUUUGGCAUUUUUUGGACCAUAUACAAACAACACUCUUUUUGAAACAGAUGAACGCUAUCGACAUUUAGGAUUCUCUGUUGAUGAUCUUGGCUGCUGUAAAGUGAUUCGUCAUAAUCUCUGGGGUACCCAUGUGGUUGUAGGAAGUAUCUUUACGAAUGCAGCACCAGACAGCCAUAUUAUGAAGAAAUUAAGUGGAAACUAGUAGUAAUGUCAAUUUGUUUGCUGUACUAUUUGUACUUAACAUUUAGGUUGAUCUAUAAACACUGUCAAAGGCUUCAGUUUUUAAACUUUACUUAUUUCUAGGGUAUUUAUUUCAACAUUUAUGAAUUUAUGUUGACAGGAGUUUGUGAUUUUUUAAAACUCAAAAGUUCAUAUCGUCAGUGAAUACAUGUUAAGCACAUCUAAAGUGAACAGAAUGUGGUAAUUAACAUGUAACCAUGGUAUGAUUUCCUAUUGUUAUUUCUCCCCUUUAAUGAAAAACCUUAGUUUUAAUUAUUUUUCUCCAAAAAUAAAUUAUACAUUUGCUUA